GUGAUGCUGGCCAGUGAUGCUCUGGACCAGGAGGUCUGGGAGGUUUCCCUUCAGUUGUUUUUCUUCUUCAUCCACAAAUAAGUGAUGUCUUUUGGAUACGCGUUACAGUGACCUCUAUCGUUUACUAUCGGCAGCUUUUGCUUUCUCAGCGAAGUUAAGUUAAUUUACUAAAAAGCUUUUGUUAGUUAUUCACUGUAUUAUAAUAAUAUUGUGUGUACCCACAGAACUGCAGCACUUUGAAAUUUAGGAACAUUACUUUAGAUGAACUUUGAAAUGGGAAGCAGGCGGCCUACAUAGAAAGAUGCACAGUUAAAGCAGACCCUGUAAACAGGGGAAAUCUCACAGAACUCUUUUUUGAUGAGGUCCACAAAACCUUGCAAAUUAUGGUAGACAGCCCUGAGACUUCUGAAGAGCUACAUCAUCAAGAGCACACAGAAGAAGGAGACAUUAUACCAUCAACUGACAGGAAUGCAGUGCAGCAAAUCUGGCCAACACAUGCUAUACCAUAUCAGAUAAAUGCAGAGAUAAGAAGGCGUACAAGUGACAUAUUAAGUGCAACAAAAAUGAUUUCAGAUCAAACUUGUUUAACGUUUCACCCACGUACAUCUGAGAUUGACUACCUUCAUUUCAAAAAUGGUGCAGGCUGUGCAUCUUAUGUGGGCUUCAUUGGUGGAGACCAACCAAUAUUUGUUGGGUCUGUGUGCAGCGUGGGAAAUAUUGCUCAUGAAAUUUUACAUGCGCUUGGCUUCUAUCAUGAGCACACUCGUACGGACCGGGACGAGUACAUUACAAUUCUCAACAACAACAUCAUAAAAGGAACUGAGCAGAACUUUAUUAAGCGACAUGGCAACACUUUGAAUGUCCCUUAUGACACUGAUUCCAUAUUGCACUAUGGAAGUAGAUAUUUUUCCUCCAAUGGCUUACCCACAAUUAUACCUCUCCAUAUGACCAAAGCCAUGGGGCAGAGGGUGAGGCUGACAAAGUUGGACAUAAUGAGGGUUCGAUUGCUUUAUGACUGUGAUUCCUCAAGAAAUGUAACUGACCAACAAUUACACUGGCUUUAGAGGAAAUGAUGUCCUGCCCAAACCACUCCGCACCAACUACUUUCCUCCACUAGAUGACGCUGAAACACAAUGUCUAAAAAUGACAAGAGCUUUUUAAAAAUAAAUUCACAGCUGAAAAUUAUA